GGAAGGGGAGAAGAAGGAACCUGAGCCGGAAGAGCUGCUGCGAGGCGGCGGUGAGGCGGUGGCAGCGGCUUAGUUGGUCGCGGCGACCGCGACGGCUCUCGACCUCGGAGAACAGAAUGCAGGUCCGCUUCGGGCUGACGCUGCUGCUCUGCACGGUGCUCCUGAGCUCGGCGGCCGCGUCCUCGGAUGACGAAAGUAACCAGGAUGAAUCCAUAGAUUCCAAGAGUUCUUUGCCAGCAGAUGAGUCAGUGAAGGACCACACCACCACAGGCAGAGUGGUUGCUGGGCAGAUAUUUGUUGAUUCUGAGGAACCAGAGGUGGAGUCCCCUCUUCAGGAUGAGGAAGAGAGCCCCAAGACGGAGGAGGAAGGCAGUGCCACCGAAGAAAUCAGCUUUGUAGACUCUCCAAAUCUAAGCAGUAAGAGCUAUGAGGAAGCAAAGAGAGCCAGGAAGCCAGUUUUGACUGCCAUUGAAGGUACGGCGCACGGGGAGCCCUGCCACUUCCCUUUCCUUUUCCUGGAGAAGGAGUAUGAUGAGUGCACGUCAGACGGGAGGGAAGAUGGCAGACUGUGGUGUGCCACCACCUAUGACUACAAGACAGAUGAGAAGUGGGGCUUCUGCGAAACUGAAGAAGAAGCUGCGAAAAGACGACAGAUGCAGGAAGCAGAGAUGGUUUAUCAGGCUGGGAUGAAGAUACUGAACGGAAGCAAUCGGAAGAGCCAGAAGAGAGAAGCGUAUCGGUAUCUUCAAAAGGCAGCAGGCAUGAAUCACACCAAAGCCCUGGAGAGAGUGUCCUAUGCUCUUCUGUUUGGUGAUUACCUCACACAGAAUAUCCCGGCAGCUAAAGAGAUGUUUGAGAAACUGACUGAGGAAGGUUCUCCCAAAGGACAAACUGCUCUUGGCUUUCUCUACGCCUCUGGACUUGGUGUUAAUUCAAGUCAGGCAAAGGCUCUUGUAUAUUAUACUUUUGGAGCUCUUGGAGGCAAUCUGAUAGCCCACAUGGUUUUGGGUUACCGCUACUGGGCCGGCAUCGGAGUCCUCCAGAGUUGUGAGUCGGCACUGACCCAUUAUCGCCUUGUUGCCAAUCAUGUUGCCAGCGAUAUCUCCCUAACUGGAGGCUCUGUGGUCCAGAGAAUACGGCUGCCUGAUGAAGUGGAAAACCCAGGGAUGAACAGUGGGAUGCUGGAAGAAGAUUUGAUCCAGUAUUACCAGUUCCUAGCUGAGAAGGGUGAUGUCCAAGCACAGGUUGGUCUGGGCCAGCUGCAUCUGCAUGGAGGGCGUGGAGUGGAACAGAAUCACCAGAGAGCAUUUGACUACUUCAACUUAGCAGCAAAUGCUGGUAAUUCACAUGCGAUGGCCUUCCUGGGAAAGAUGUAUUCUGAAGGAAGUGAUGUCGUGCCUCAGAGCAAUGAGACAGCACUCCACUACUUCAAGAAAGCCGCUGACAUGGGCAACCCUGUGGGACAGAGCGGGCUUGGAAUGGCCUACCUCUAUGGAAGAGGAGUUCAAGUUAAUUAUGACCUGGCACUCAAGUAUUUCCAGAAAGCUGCUGAACAAGGCUGGGUGGAUGGGCAGCUGCAGCUUGGCUCUAUGUACUAUAAUGGCAUUGGAGUCAAGAGAGAUUAUAAACAGGCCUUGAAGUAUUUUAAUUUAGCUUCUCAAGGAGGCCAUAUCUUGGCUUUCUAUAACCUAGCACAGAUGCAUGCCAGCGGCACAGGGGUGAUGAGAUCCUGUCACACUGCGGUAGAGUUGUUUAAGAAUGUGUGUGAGCGAGGCCGCUGGUCAGAGAGGCUUAUGACUGCCUACAACAGCUAUAAAGACGGGGACUACAAUGCCGCAGUGAUCCAGUACCUCCUGCUGGCCGAACAGGGCUAUGAAGUGGCACAAAGCAAUGCAGCCUUCAUCCUUGACCAGAGGGAAGCAACCAUUGUAGGAGAGAAUGAAACUUACCCCAGAGCAUUGCUGCAUUGGAACAGGGCUGCCUCACAAGGUUAUACUGUGGCCCGAAUUAAACUUGGAGACUACCAUUUCUAUGGAUUUGGCACUGAUGUGGAUUACGAGACUGCAUUUAUUCAUUACCGCCUGGCUUCUGAGCAGCAGCACAGUGCCCAAGCUAUGUUUAACCUGGGCUACAUGCAUGAGAAGGGCCUAGGCAUUAAACAGGAUAUUCACCUUGCAAAACGGUUUUAUGACAUGGCAGCCGAGGCUAGCCCAGAUGCACAAGUUCCUGUCUUCCUUGCUCUCUGCAAAUUGGGUGUCGUCUAUUUCUUACAGUACAUUCGGGAAGCAAAUAUUCGAGAUAUAUUUACCCAUCUGGACAUGGACCAGCUUUUGGGACCCGAAUGGGACCUUUACCUCAUGACCAUCAUCGCACUGCUGUUGGGUACAGUCAUAGCUUACAGGCAGAGACAGCACCAGGAUAUACCAGUACCCAGGCCCCCAGGGCCGCGACCAGCUCCUCCCCAGCAGGAAGGACCGCCAGAGCAGCAGCCGCCACAGUAGCAGCACAUGCCCUCCUGGGUCCGUGACCACUAGGGAGCUGCUGGAUGAGAACACUUGCAUUUGAUGUAGGGCUCUGGAUGGUGGCCACCACCCGGAAGAGGCUCAAAGAAGCGUGGGGUCCCAGAAGCUGCUUAGAGCCUGCUGCCUUCCUUUUCAGGGAUGAGUAGCUCUCGCUGGAGCUACAGUGAAUGUUCGCUUCAGUGCCAUAUGGAAUGACAACUUCAGUGGCUUUCCCUUCUCCUUCCUUUCCUCUCUUUUUUCCGGAAGCAUAAGACACUCGAGUCAUGUCUACUGUACCCACCUGUCUCUCCUGAGAGCGCCCUUUUGUCACCCUGCCAACACGCGUGAGUUCUUACGUCAGUGUCUUUUCAGGUCCCAAGCCCUGACAACCUGGGAAAACUCAGUUAGUUGCAAGUUUAACCAUAAAAACAUACUUAAGUCUGAGAAUAGAACUUGCCUUUAAGUCAAAAACACAACAAGCCAAACAAGGCAUCUUCAGGGUGUUCGGGAAAUGCGGUAACUGGGAAAGCUUACCAGCUUACUUGCAAGUACACAUAUAUGGCACUUUCUGUAUUAAAAGGGAUUAUUGAGCGGUUUCCUGUCCUGGCGGCUGCAACACUUCAUAACAGACUUCCUUGAAGACUGAAAGGCUUUGCUAAAGCAUUCUUUGUGAACGUCACUUCUUGUAAUGGAAUAGAAGUAAAACUCAGUGAACUGACUCCUUGCACUCACAUAGGAAUUUGCCCCUGCUCCUCAGUGUGAUUUGCUUGUUGAUGUGAGUGUGCAGAGUGGUCCAGAAGCCAGAGGACGGACUCAGUGGAGGAAUCGGAAAACAGCCUUAACCGACUUCGAGGAGAUAAGACACCCUCUAACAAGUUGAUGCCCUGCUUCCCAGGUUUCGUUUCACUUUUCAUUUCUUACUAUACAGAGAACAGAGAACCCUCUGAAAAAUCUUCCGAUGUCAAAUUCUAUUUUCAAGAUCUGUCGGGCAGUCACUUCCCUUGUAAUACUAAAACUCAGAUCAUUAAGGGUGAGUUAGACCCAGUCAGUGCAUGGCGAAAACCAAGGCCCGGGUGUGCCGUUCUGUGUGCUCUGGUAGCUUCUUGUUUCUGGCAGUCUUGUGUGGCUGUGGAAGUCGGCCACUUGCAUAGCUGUCAUGGUACCGCCCUGCUGUUGUAAACGUGAGGAAAUCGAGGCUGUCACACUUGAGCAUUUCCUGCUGUGAUUGAUGUACAAACAACGAGCCUAGAGAGCAUCAUGUAAUCACCCAUAUGAAGGAAUUAAAGCCGAAGCUGAAUUUGGGGUCUGAGUAAGCCUCAGAUGGCAGCUUCCAGCAGCCAGCACCCCAUAAGGGAGCUGACACCAGCCUGUUGACGGCACCUUUCCAUUUUUCUGUCAUCCCUGUCCACCAUGAGACCUGUGCAGUAUGUAAUGCUUUGGGUUGGGAUUCCAAUCAGAACUAGAUUAGUUCAUCUCUAAUGAACAUGAAGGCUUUGUUGUGAAGUUGUGUACUUUUGUGUGUGCUGACGGUAUUAUGAGAUACCUCGUAAGCAAACAUUCCUCCAGGAUACUUGCCUCCAAAUUUAAAGAGGUGGCCACAGAGAAGCCAUAUGCAUAAAAGAAGAUCUUUUGAGAAACAUCAAGUGUUUCUCUCAAAAAAUGUAAUGUUGCUUUGGGCAGCACCUUUAAAUUUUAAGGCUUAUUCUGUGUCCUGUGCUUAAAGAUUAGGUGGUGAGUGGUACAGUAAACGGGUUGUCACUGGGGCUGGCGCUGCUGCCUCUCCUCGCAGCCCCACCCCAAGCCCAGCGUAACCCAUGGUGGCAGCACUUAGAAGGCCCUGUUUGAAGUUGUUUAGGGGAACUGGGUACAGUGGUGUACCAGUAGUCCCAGCUCCUUGUGGGGCUAAGGGAGGAAAAUCACUUUAGGCCAGGAGUUCAAGACCAGCUCAGGCAACAAAACAAGACCCAGUCUCUAAAAAUAAAUAGUUGGGAAACUCUCUAAAGUGACUGUGGCUUCUGUGGUUGUCCUGUGCCACCCACCUAACAUCUCCUUGGACAGCAGCAAUCUUGUGUCCAUCUUUCCUUCCCUCAGAGAGUACUGGAGAAAACACUUCUUAAGCUGCCAUACACUACCUAAGGCUGGAUGGGUCAGCGUGGUCUUGUUCCUCAUGUGGUGGACUUGCCCCUUGCUGCCCUCCAUUGUUAAGAUUGCAAAUGUUUUCCCUUGGCUUGUUAACACCUUCUCUUUCCAGCCUGGGUCAUUUGCACCCAGAAAUCUGGGUACCAUGUAAAAUAAUUCAGUUCUUAUGGCUUAUUUCAAAGACGAUCUCAAAAUGCUUUGCUCCAGUUCUCUUACUGCUCAAGGCACAUGGUACCUAAGCAAAUAGGAAUUGGGUUUGGUGUUUCUCUUUAAAAUAAUGCACAGUUCUUACUAAUGGCAUCCAUUUGAAUCAAGUGGCAGUAAAGCUAGUUAAUGUCAGUGACAUUAAGGCAACUCCAGGAUUCCGGAGUUUUAGCAUUAGGGUUUAGAUUUCCAGAUAGAGCCUGGCUCUCUUGCUCCCUGUAGCCCACCCCGCCCACUGCCUUUUGUGGUCUGUCUGUCCCGUUCUCUGCUCAGUCCCUAUUCCCCUGUGUGCCUGCCCCAUUGGGUAGCCAGCUGUUUCAGAGUACCACAAGUUUUACUUCGGUGGUGUUUUACAAAGGUGAAGUUUUUGUUUUUGAAGUUUUUGUUUCUGAUUUCUGGGGGUUUUUUAGUUACUAACUAAUAGCAUACAAAAAAAAAAGGUAAAUCAAAGGCUGUUUUUUUUUUUUUCAAAAAUGUAUUAACACUUAAGCCAGAUUAAUGUAAAAAUACAAGUCCUAAAUCUUGAUAUUCUUGAAGGUUUGUUAUUCUUCUGAAUAUAAGAUUAAUUUCUGGACAUCUUUCCACUCACCUGUCUUGUCUCUACCCUGAGAGGCACUAGAGACUCCUUCAGGAACCUGGUAAUGAGCCAAUGGCUGGCUGUUCUAUACAUAGAAUUUUGGUUUUGUUUGACUAGUUGGUUGGGGUUUUUUCCUCCCUUCUCUGCCUUCGUGUUUGCUCUUUAGUGCUUGGGAGCAGGCAUGUAGGCUUCCAGAAGCGGAGCUCAGCUCUUCGUGUGUGUGUGUGGCAUGUGCACCACUUCCCGUGUACAUUUCAGACAGGACACUUCUGUGGCCCGCUCCCUGCCAAGACAGCUGGUGUUUGGCAAUUAGACAAUAUUAUGGCCAGAGUUGUGCAGGAAAUAAUCAGCAAAAGAAAACUAUUUUAUGCAAAAAAAAAAAAAUAUUCUCACCAGUUACUGAGAGAGAAAUGUUCCUGGAUGUUAAGUUGUCUGGUUUUUAAAUGGGUAAUGUUCUCUGAGAAGAAGCCACGUGUCUCCACCCAUUAGGGAUUUCAAGAAAAUUUGAAAUAAUCCCAUAAACCAAUGAUUUGUAUCUUAACGAGACUGUUUACACAUUUAGAAAACUGGUUUUGUAUGCAUAAGAAGGGUCCUUUGGUUAUGUGCAGGGCGCCGUUCAGAUGUGCUAUCUUUACUAUUUAUUGAUGAACAACCUGACACUAUUUCCCUUUUAUUUAAAAGAACAAUGAUGACAUGAUCAAAGUAUGACCACUAUAGGUGUCGAGGGAGGUUUUAAAGAGCCUAAGCUGGCAUUGUGAAGGAACACCAUAGUAGACGUUUGUAAAUUUAUUUUGUAUUUAAUGGAAUGCAGUAUAAAGGCUGGUGAAGUGUAUUAUAAUUGUGUAAACAAAUCCUGUUAAUAGAGAGAUGUACAGAUUCGUUUUGUACUGUAUCUUGAAACUUGUGAAAUAAAGAUCCCGCCUCUGGUUA